AUGCCGGCCACCAACACGACAGACAAGCUACACUUUGGCUCGUACGCCACGCUGUCCGAUGGCAAUCGCAUCCCAAGGCUAGGCUUCGGCGUGUACGAGAUGUCGGACCAAGAAGCCUCGCGCGCCGUCACCUGGGCGCUCGAGGCCGGCUAUCGUCACUUUGAUUGUGCAGAGUGGUACUACAACGAGCAGAGUGUCGGAUCGGCCAUCUCGCGCUUCCUUGCUUCGCCCGGCUGCCCCAUCGGCCGAAGCGACAUCUUUUACUGCUCCAAGCUGCAGUCCAAUAACGGCUACCAAGCAGCCAAGCGCAGCAUCGCCGAGUCGGUCAAAAAGUGUGGCCUAGGAUACAUCGAUCUCUACCUCAUCCAUAGCCCCUACGGCGGUCGCUCCAACAGGCUCGACAGCUGGAGGGCCAUCCAGGAGGCCAAAGACCUGGGCCUCAUCAAGAGCAUCGGUGUCAGCAACUACGCCGAAAGACACAUCCAGGAGCUUCUCGACUCGAACCCCAAGUACCCAGCCACCGUCAACCAGUGCGAUCUGCAUCCGUUCAUGGCGCGUCUCCAGCUCGUCGAUUACUGCCGCGCAAACAACAUUGCUCUGGAGUGCUGGGGACCCCUUGUCCGCGCCGAGAGAUUCGAUCACCCGACCAUCAAAGAGCUCGCAUCCAAGCACUCGGCCACGCCUGCUCAGGUGCUCAUGUACGUGCGCUACCGUUCUGUAUCGCUUGGCGCGCUUCUGACCACUUCUGACACCUCAUCGCUUCAUGCAGUCGCUUCUCGCUCCAACGAGGCUACAUCACUGUACGUCUGCGUGUGCGCCACAAUUCGGCAGCUUGGCCCGUAUUGCUUACACUCGACAUUCGCUCAACAGAUCCCCAAAUCGGUCUCGCAACACAGGAUCAUCGAAAACGCCAACGUGUUUGCAUUCGAGCUCGACCAAGCCGACAUGGACCGUCUGCUUUCCCUCGACGAAUACCUAGUGACCGACUGGGAUCCGAUCGGCGAUCCUUCCGCUUAA